UGAUAGGAGGCGGGGGGUCCUAAAAGAGAUUUCUGAGAUGGGGAGGUGUGUCCAAAAAGCAAUCUAGCUUUAAAGUAACUAUUGCUCUCACUAAGCAACAGAGGCUUGAAAGCCAGAACAUGUGUGUAUGUGUUUAGUGGCGUGCAGAGAUGAUAGUGCUGAAAGUGUUUUUGUUACUGCAGGGAGUGCUGCUGGCAGCACGUUGUGAUGUUUGGCCUAAAGACCAACAACAGCUGAAAGAUGGUGAGGACAAGAAAUUCAAGCAUGUAUCACACCACCACCAAGAUGGUUGGAAUCAUGGACAUCCACAUGAACAUUCUGGAACAGAUCAUCACAGUGCUGGAGCACAAAAAGAAAGCGGUGAUGUAUCCGGAACUGUACGAUUCCCACAGGAGCAUGUUAGCCCCAGUCACAUGCAUCCAUCAGAGGAUCUACCUGGGAAUGAAGAAGGUGGUUCAGCAGAACCCCACAGCAAUAUCACUCCAGCACGCAUGGGAAACUGGUGUGCAUUUGUACAUAAGCGAGUAGUCACCAUGUCAGUGGCCUGCGGUACUGAGAAAUACAUCAUCAAGUCCCAAAGUCCAUGCCCUAAUGGAACACCAGAUUGCUAUCUAGUCAUGUACAAGGUGUCCACUAGGCCGGUGUACAGAGAGCAGCAAAAGAUCCUUACAUCGCUCUCGUGGAGGUGUUGCCCUGGUCAUGGUGGAAGCAGCUGCGACGAUAUAGUGGAAAAUGGCCCUGAAUCUGAAGCCUCUAACACGGACAUAGGGCUUCAUCCAGAAGGUCCAGUGAUCAACCAUACAGGACCUGAAAAGUUAACCCACAACCAAAACCAGGAGCAGAAUCACCAUCACGAAUCCAGGCGCUUGCUAUCUGAGAAUCUGCAGCCUGAGGUCAACCAAACAGAGGGUACAAACAGCAAUGGCUUCACUCCAAGCUCAUACACAGGCCAUGAGCCUCACCAUGAGAAAGACGCCCCCUCAGCACCCCCCGGUGUGGAUAAUGGACAUCGAGGUGCACCUCCACCAGAGACACAUUAUACAAAUCCUGGGCUUGUACCCAUCCAUUACCUAAAGGAUGUUAUGAUGUCUCAUCUACAGCCCAUAUUUGACAGCUUUAACCUGACACUAGCACGCCUGUCUGAGGAGGUAAAGGACUUACAGAAGGAUAUGACCGAGAUGCAAGUCCUUCUAAUGGUACAGGGAGAGUCCAACCCGAUGGGAGGUAAAAUAAGCCAGGCGUCGGAUCAUGAGGCAAUGGCUGAUUCCCUUCAAAAACUAAGUGAGCAACUUGGCCUCCAGCGUGACGAGAUGGAAGAGAAGCUCCAUGCACAACAGGCCAUGCUCACCUAUAACUUAACCAAUCUGAAGAUUGACAUGGAUGUGCAAAAUAAGCGCAACCAGAAGAUGCUACAGAUGAGUCUCCAUUCCAUAAACUCUUCACUUUUGGAAACACGAGAGAAACAAGGACAGCUGGAGGAGAUCGUUUCAACACUUGUAAGUCAGAUACCAAGUCGUGGCAGACAGCCUCAGGAGGACGCAGCCGUCUGGGAAGCCAUUACUCGUCUGGACAAUAAGGUUGUCAAUAACACUAUACAUCUCAGUGUCAUCAAGGAAGACAAAGUCCAAGUGUCAGAAAAAAUUAAGAAUUUACAGAAGCACUACAAGACCUUAGAGGAGCGUGUAACUCAAGAAUAUCAGAGGAAUAAAGAGAGAUACAUUGAGGCUUUCCUAGAAGUGGAUGCAGCAAAGGAGUCGGUUGGGAAAUAUGUUGAUGACCUGUCUAAAAAUGUGACCACUCUCCAAGUCACAGUACAUGAACUGGAGGUAGAUGUUGACUAUUUGUACACACACUUCUAUAACAUAAGCUCUGGAAGCAGAGCCUGUGACUGUACCGGCUUCAGCAUAUCAGUGGCACAGUUGAAACAGGAAAUAAAUAACCUAACAGCGUUUGCAAAUGAAAACAGGAUAGCUAUAGACAAUGCUGCAGAAGAGCAGGUAAACAUUUGGGAAAAUGGCGCCUCGGGCUCACAAGUGGAAGAAAUUAAAUUAAGCUUACACACUGUGCAGGACAUGCUGGCGCUUGAGCAGGAGAAGCGCAAGACACUUCAGCAAACCUUACAAACAGGUGAGAAAAAUAUUUUAGGCAUUAAGUACGUUAUUGAAGAGCUACAGAAACAUGACGCCGAGAAAGCUGUUAAGAUAAAUUAUCUCUCCAACUCUUUUGACUCUCUGAAGAAAGACGCCCAACGUCAUAGUGACGUAUUGGAAUUCCUACUUGAUGAGGAGGUUUUAGUGUUUAUUGAGCGGUCCGAACAAGACAAGAGAGCCUACUCCAUCCUGGCGCUGAAGAAGGUGAUCAGCGACCUGCAGGAGCAGAUUAACGCACACAGCCGAAGUCUAGCCUCCAUGCUUAACUCGGAGGAUCCCACAGGACACGAACCAUUACAGAUGGCAGACUGGAUCACACAGGAUCUCAAAAGGAUCCAAAAUCCAGAGAAAUUUCGGCAUUUCUCAGAAGAGCCUGCAGUUUUCACAGACAGCGACUUCAUUGCUUUGGAAAAAACAGUAGAAGAACUUCAAGAACAUGUCGUCAAACUCGGAGAGCAGAAAUGCCUGUCUUGCUGCAAUUGUUCGAAAGGUGCUCAUUGCAAAAAUGUAGAGGGCAAACUGCAGGCGGAGUUGACAAGUGUGCGCAAGAGCCUUGACGAUCACCUCAAGAUUUUCAGCAGCAUUUUCAGCAACACUGAAGGUCUAACGGAUUCUGAAGCAACAGUCGAUUUAAAUAAAUUGUCUGCGAUAAUGAAGAGAAAAGAAGCCAAACAUCAAAGAAAGAGGCAACAGAAAUCAGAAACAAGAGAUGCACAGCGCAGCAAGAGGUAUACAUCGCUCAAAACGACGGUGUACAGUCAGCUUUCUGAGAACCCGUUCAUGUUUGUGGCCAACAACAGAGAUGGCGUGAACACACCUGGUACAGUCGUGUUUGAAACUACAUCCCUAAACCAUGGCCAAAUGUACUCACCUGAAACGGGCACAUUCCGUGCACCCGUCGCGGGGGUUUACCUGUUUGUGGUUACACUGGACUUUGGGCCUGGGCCAUCUUUAGCCCAGUUAAAGAGAGGAGAGGAAGUGGCAGCGUCGCUGCACCAAAGCAUGAGGAAGUCAUGGGGUCCUGCUACUCGAGUCUGCCUCCUACAGCUGCAACAGGGUGAAGAGAUCCAGCUAGAACUAGUGCAGGGAACACUGGAGCAUGGGAAGCCACAGGAGAACACUUUUGCUGGACUGCUGCUCCUACAGCACACAUAAGCACACAUUCACAUCUGCAAAAAAAAAAAAAAAAAAGCACUGGGAUGAACAAAUGAACUUGCAUUUCUUUAUUAUUUUUACAAGAAGCGUCUUGGGCAUACUAGUUGGCAUAAAAGAUGGUGGAGGUCUUAUAAGUAUCUUUACUGUUUCAGACUUCUUCCCAGGUUGAGACUGUAAAUAUGUGUGUUUAUGGAUUUUUCUAUGUAUGAUUGCUACUAUUAGAGUUAAGCUGGCCAAAAUACUUGUUAAGCUUUCACAAAAUACAGUGGAAAAAACACUUACCAAGUAUCUACAUUUCUGCUGCACCUUAAAAAAACACCACUGCCAAAGUUAGAUUUUUAAUCUCAUUAAUGUCAAGUCAUUAAUGCCUUGUGCUCACACACUUGUCUGAGACCAAUCUGCAAUGAACCACACAAACACUCAUUCAUAGAGUAAAUAUUUACUUAAAAUGCAUACAAUGGACACGUUAUCAUAUGUAUGAUUUUUGCAUUUUCUUGGCAAACUCAUAAGGCACCCAUUCAAUCUGAAGUUAUGUUAAAAAGGUGUGUAAUAAUUACAUACCAACAGUUACCUUUUAUUAGUACAAAGCAGGGCAGGGCAAAGCAACACUUAAAUAUCUACACCACAUUAGAGAUGCUAGUUUUGCUUCUGGAGUAAAAAGAAGUCUUGAAUCACAGCUCUAAAUCCUUAAACAAGAAAUGAAUAACAAACACUAGUUCCCAAUUACCGUAAAUAAAUAA